UGUACGAGGUAUCGACUAAGAACCGCAAAAGAGCACAACAAGAAGAGUGUCAACCAAGGAUACCUCUGUACCGCUUAUUCCAUCAUGGAAGGAAUUAAUUUACCUUCGUCAGUCAGUCGACCGGAGGUGUUUGAUUUUGAAGGCAUCUCUAUGAUCCAUUACUUCACUGACAACUGGGAGAACAUCCAGAACUUCAAGGCAAGACCGGAUGACAUCCUCAUCGCCACCUAUCCCAAAGCAGGAACCACAUGGGUGUCGUAUGUUUUGGACCUGCUCUACUUUAGCAAAUUGGGACCAGAGCGUCAGAACUCACUGCCCAUCUUCUUACGAGUACCUUUCCUUGAUGGGGCGUUUCCUGGGCUGCCUACAGGUGUGGAACUGGCAGACAUGUUGCCCACCACUCCACGCCUUAUCAAAACCCAUCUUCCUGUUCAGCUGGUGCCCAAAUCCUUCUGGGAACAGAACUGCAGGGUCAUUUACACAGCUCGUAAUGCAAAAGACAAUGCUGUGUCUUAUUAUCACUUUAACCGGAUGAACAUGGGACAGCCCGAUCCAGGUGACUGGAGCACUUUUCUACAGACAUUCAUGGACGGAAAGACUGUGUUUGGUCCUUGGUAUGAUCAUGUGUGUGGAUACUGGGAGAAGAAGCAGACGCACUCAAACAUUCACUACAUGUUCUUUGAGGAUAUGGUGGAGGACACUGGGCGUGAAGUAGAGCGUUUGUGCUCCUUCCUUGGUUCAUCUACAUCAGCUGAGGAGAAGGAAAGAAUUACGAAAGCUACUCAGUUUGAUGCCAUGAAGCAGAACAAGAUGACCAACUACUCUACAGUUCCUGUCAUGGACUCCAAGAUCUCACCGUUCAUGCGUAAAGGGAAAGUUGGGGACUGGAAGAAUCACUUCACUGUGGCUCAGAAUGAGCAGUUCGAUGAACACUACAAACAGAAGAUGAAGAGCACCACCCUUCAAUUCCGAACAGAGAUUUAAUGCUUUCCUCAUUUUUAUCUGAGAGUUUUAUUUAGUACGGCAAUAUGUGCAGUCCAUACAGUCCAUACACACAAAACUAAGCUGCAAAAACCCAGGCAUUUGCAUAUACACACCAAUUCAUCCUACAGCAGUUGCCCCCAGCCAUUCACAUUUAACCUAAAAGGAAUGUGUCAGGUUGUACUGCUUUUUACACAGGUACCAUACAGAGCCUAUCAGUCUUAAAGGCACAGUCACAAAACAGCUGGUUUAAUUCUAGGGGAUAAAAAGGCUUUGGAUUGGUCAUCUUCUAAGCCACUUCUCCUUCUGGGUCACGGGGGGCGCUUGCGCCUAUCCCAGCUGUCAUGUGAAUGUAAAUUAGUCAUGCAAAAUGAAAUACAACUGGUUUUGGCACAUAAACCUACAUAAAUAUCAAACCUAGAGAUGGAAAAACUUUAAUAAAAAAAUAAAAUAAAAUGAAAAUUGUAGA